AUGCGGCCGCUGUCCUGGCUACUCUUGGGACUUGCUCAGGCUUUCCUUACUGUACGGGCUACUCUUAUCGUGCCCUUCCGACCAUUCAAAGAAAGACGAGAAGCAUGGGUGAAAACUGGGUGUUCUGCGGGGCUGUCGGCCCCAAGCCUUUCAUGUGCUUCCUUCAAGUACACGAAAAACCGUGACAGAAAUGGCAACGGCUUAAGUAAUGGGGAAGUAGGAAGGUUAGUCUUUAAAGGGUCUUUCUGCAGCAAAUGUGCGUUCCUCACAAAACUGGCGUCUCGCACUGAAGCAACGGCGCUUCAUUGCUCUGCUCAAAGGCACAAAAGCGGCUACAUCAGUGAAGCUGAGCGUUCUUGUGCUCUGCGUGCUUCGCCGAGCAGCGAGACAGCAUUCCAACAAAAUCCAGCAGAGAAGUUUGUUAACGAGGAUGCCAAAGGAAGCAGUCCAGAGGCUCAUUCAGCAGGGGCCUCUGCAGACUCUCUGUUGCCACCUCGGGGUUUUCGGGACUUCCCGCCUAGCAUUUUUUCCGCUCACAAAUACGUUUUCUCUAAGUGGCACCAGGUGGCCUCAGAGUUUGGGUUUCGCGAGUACAAAGCCCCCUCAGUCGAGCGCUCUUCUCUUUACUCUCAUUUCUCUCCCUCGGGUUCCAACAAUGCACCUUCCGCACUUAUUGGCAAACCAUAUGAAAUCCCUUCUUCUCCACCUGCUAUUAUACCCCCUCACAUCUACCGUUUGCACGUAAGCGGUCCAGAUCCCCUCUGUCUGCGUCCUGAGAUCACGCCUUCCUUAGCCCGUAUGCUCCAGAGAGAACAGCAACAGCAGCCUUCAGGAAUAGCUCGCCGCUGGUAUUCUAUAGAACGAGUUUGGCGACAUGAGAGACCUGGUUGUGGCCGAAGGCGGGAGCACUUCCAGUGGAACCUCGAUAUAAUACUUCCCCUUUUUCCUGAGACGAACCCUUCCGGUGGUAUUCCAUCAGAGGCAGCACGCCAAGGUGACUGGAGUCAAAAAGCAAAGCGAAAUCGCGCACAAUUUUGUCCCCCUGCAACGGCAGAACUGAUAGCCGCUGCAGUUCGCCUCUUCCAAAAUGUGGGCCUUUCUUCGAGGGAUGUGCGCAUUCGUAUAGGGAGCCGCGCUCUGCUAAGCGAUCUUCUGAAGACAGACAAAGAUUUAAGAGCUGCUGAGGUUGGCACCUCUGUCUCUGAAUCUUCCAUUAACACCAGAACGAUUACACAUGAUGGAUGCCCCUUUGAGCACAAACUCAUCACUGCAAUGCAGGUGCUGGAUCGUGCCAGCCGACAAAGCCAAGAGGAGACACAGAAGGCGCUCGCGGAAAGGCUAAACAUCAGCUUGGAUAAAUCCCGCCGCGUCCUGCAUCGAGUACUUUCGUUCGACGUUAACAGCGAUGCCAUGGCGUUCGAGUUAUCCGAAGAACUGCGGGAGCUAGAAAGGCGCCGUUCCGCGGACUGCCGAAACGGUGAUAUCUCAAGUCAGAACCAUCUGGAAGAGCAAAGUUUUGCUGAUUCUGGUAAAAGCCAAAGCUCUCAAGAGCUACCUGACUCUGUAAGAGAGCUGCGGUAUGUGCUUCAUUUGCUAAAAGAGGGCUACGGCAUAGGGGAUUGGAUUGACAUGGAUCUUCUGAUUGUGCGGGGCCUUCACUACUAUGCGGGCAUCGUUUUUGAAGCUUUCGAUACAGAGGCCGCUUUCAGAGCCAUUUUAGGAGGUGGAUGCUAUGGGGGAACUAGAGCCAACUCGCCGGAAGUGGUGAAGACGGAUACAGGGCCUCAUAUCUCUAAGAAUAAAGUGGAGAUGUCAACGGCAAAUCAGUCUUCAAACGCACAAGCGUUUCACACCCGAGAAGGAAUGAGGCCUGCAGUCACUGGAGUCGGCUUGGGUAUGGGUGAUUGCGUACUCAUGGAACUGCUGCAACGCAAGGGUCUUCUGCCCCACGCUGGGAGCGCUGUUGAUGUUCUGGUUAUCCUGCAUGACAAAUCCGCGGCGGAGCGUUCGCGUAGAAGGCACGGCGGCGCUCUUACCGGCAAAGCACCAGCUAAUCAGGAAAGCACUACUGACGGAGAAAACGAGCAUUCAGUAGCAGACGCAUGUGAUAUUCAGUCUGCUGCGCAGAUGCUGCAUUCAGUAGCAGACACGUAUGAUCCCCGGUCUGCGCCCGCACAGAUGCUGUGCUGUAGGCUGCGGGAGCUCGGCCUUCGCGUGGAGCUAUUGCUGCCGCCUCAGCGAUCUACACGAGCCAUAAUGAAACACGCCCGCUCUGUAGGGGCCAAAACAAUUGUUUUUGUUGCAACCAGUGGAGGGCAGCUCCCACUGUUUGGCCUAAAGUGGGUGGUGCCUGGAGGUACAGAUGAUGUCCAGCCAUCUAUUUCAACAAGUAGUGGAGGGCAAAAAGGAAGCGAUGCCUAUGUCCCUCUGCGUUCGAACGAUGAGGAGACUUCGAUGCAGCUCAGCAAGCAACAGCGGCAACCACUUCAGGCGAAUCAACCCCAGCCGGUCUACAUGGGGACCAGCAAUUUGAAACGUGCAGAAAACCUUUAUACUCUUCCCUCUGUCGUCGAAAUGCUUAAAGUUCGGCUACGCCACUACUGCACCGAAGGCAAUAAACAACAUGAUCCCAGAUAG